AAUAUCGACCCCGUUGCCUGCCACUAUAUAUGUAACCACCAAUUUAUGGAUGAUCCGUUCUUGAAUGUCGACUCGAACUUCGGUCCAUGAGUAAUAUUAUAGAUAAGGCAUUGCUUCCGCGGGAACUAACGCCAUCGGUAAGAGGACCUUUCUUGACCCGACUAAUACAUACAAGGAAUCCGAAGACUUAAGUUUAGUUAUUCGGUUGCGGCCCAUGACGAACACUGGAUUCUUCUUCCUCGAGUCUUGCACUGUCAACUUUCCGGGAGACGCGAGAAGUGAUGUCUGGGGAGCUUACUCGUCCACCAGCCCAUCAAGAUCUCAACCCCGAGAAGGACGAGCACCAUGAUUCAGGCGUACAGCCGGUACAGCGCAGUCUUUGGCGCUCUACCUUCAUCAUCAUCACCUGCACCGCUGCAAUGGUGGUCAAUACCGCUAGUACCAGUUCUGUCUCUAUCUCGCUCCCAACUAUUGAAAAAGACCUGAAUGUCACGGAGGUGCAGCUGCAGUGGCUCGUAUCUGCCUAUUCGCUCAGUUCGGGCUGCCUUCUCUUGUUCUUUGGCAGAUUGGCGGAUAUCUAUGGUCGGAAAAAGGCGUUCAUGAUGGGUACUAUCUGUCAGGUUGCAUUUUCUCUCGCUAGUGGCUUUGCACAGAGUGGUAUUGCCCUCAUCACUUUGCGCGCCUUCCAAGGCUUUGGUGCCGCCGCUACAAUACCGUCUGCACUCGGUAUCCUGGCGCAUGCAUUCCCUCCGUCUAAAAUGCGUUCAAUAGCUUUCGCAACAUUUUCAGCGGGUGCUCCUGUCGGCGGCGCAUUUGGCAUGAUCAUCGGCGGUGUCCUCACACAAAUAUCCUCGACGCAUUGGCGCUCCCCAUUCUAUUUGGUUGCAGUAAUGUCUGCUCUAACGGGUAUUUCCGAUGUGACUUCGACGGAAGCUGUCGACUGGAUCGGUGCUUCCCUCGUCACUGUUGGUUUGGUCCUGAUUGUAUUUGUACUUGGCCAAGGAGAAGUUGCUUCUCAAGGCUGGAAAACUCCAUACAUCAUUGUCCUUCUAAUCGUCGGGAUUAUCAUGGUUGUGUUGUUCCUGCUUUGGGAGCGAUACUUGGAGCAAGUUAUAGAUGAUCCAUCAAGCACAACGUCCGCAUGGACACCACCGCCAUUGAUGAGGCUCUCGCUUUGGACGCGAGCAAAGGGCCGGAUGGCUGUUAUUCUCGUCAUUGCAUUUUUGAAUUGGUCUGGUUUCAUGAGCUGGAGUUUCUGGGUUCAGGUACGUCCAUGUUCCACUGCUCGGAGGAACGAGGACGCUGACUACGCUCCGUUCAAGUUGUACUAUCAGAAUUACCUUUUGCUCUCACCUGUGCAUACUAUGCUUCGGUUCAUUCCAUUGUUCGUUGUCGGCUGUUUGUGCAACGUCUUUGUUGCAAUGUUUGUUGGCAAAUUGCCUUUGGUCAUCUUUGCAGUCAGCGGAACGCUACUGACAGCAUCUGCCGCUAUCCUGUUUGCGCUGAUUGACCCGACCGCAACGUAUUGGGCGUUUGGCUUCCCGGCCACGGUUGUUGUCGUGUUCGGAGCUGAUUUUGUGUACUCCUCUGGUACAAUUUUCAUCGCCAAAGUCGCGCUCCCACACGAGCGCAGCGUGGCUGGAGCUCUGUUUCAAACUAUGACACAGGCAAGUGGCGUUAAACCAACUGAUACUCUCGGCAUUGCAGUCGGACUUGCCGUAUCUACGCUUGUGUUCAACAUCGUGGUUAAGAACGAGUCUGCUGAUGUUGGCGUUACUGUCAACUCUGCUGGCACCAACGCACCACGUUCCGCACAGCUUAAGGGUUAUAGAUCUGCCCAGUGGACCUGCGCUUCAUUUGCGCUUAUGGCUGCGCUGCUGGCAGCGCUUUCCCUUCACGGUGUUGGGAUUGUUGGAGAUAAAAAAAUUGUCAAGCAUGUUGACAGUAAUCACACAAUAGCCAUGGGGCCCGAGUCCGGGGACGGCUAAAUACGCCCAUUUUAAAGAAAACAUCUAGCAAUGGCAUAUGAUGCCGUGCUGCUAUGGUCCCACCCCCUCCACCCUGUCUCAAUCGUACCCUCCUUCCCGAAUCAAAAUGCAAUUCAACAUUGGAGUAAUUGUCACCGCGAAUGCUUCAUACUACUUACAUUCCUCUGGCAUUACAAUUUUCUGUCCUCACUCAUAGUGCUAUUCCUGUUUCUCUUGCUAUCUCUUGCUCUUGCACGGCGCAUAUGAUUUCAAGUGCCGUCGCUUUCUUGCGAUGAUCAAUGCAUCAACUCUGUUUUUCUCCCACCAUGUACUUGAUGACAAGGCUAUAACGUACAAGUGUCUCCAUACCAUCGCACGCAGAAUGGAAUUCAGUGUUUUUUUGAGACUCAUGCC